AUGAAGGAGCUUGGCCUAAACAACGGCGCCGAGGCGCCGAAAAAGGAGACGGCAGCUCAGCCGAAACCUACACAGCCACCAGCGCAGGAGGAGUCAACAUCGUUCAUAUCGAUUCUGGACAUCUUCGGGUUUGGCACGAGGAGCGUGCUCGGACAACCGGCGUCGUACGGCAUGGUGCCCUCGAUGCCGCAAUGCGAAUGCCUGCGCAUAGCAGUCAAGCCUCCGGGUGUACCGGAGAAACCGGUUAAGAACGCCAUGAACAAGCCCAUACCCCGGUACAUGAAGGGCGACCGGUGCGCCCGCUUCAAUCACUGGUGGCUGAAGUGCUGCCAGUCGGCAGUGCUGCGCAAGGCAGGGGUAUACUGGAACGUUAUCCAACUCCUGGAAGAGAAAAUAACGGUAGAAGGCGUAAAAAUGACAGUGGCAGACCUCGUGCUCGGCCAGAAGACGACACUGGCCAUCACGUUGGACAUACGCAGGACGUACCCGUCGCUCAGGUUCUACACCCGGUACGGCAGGCUCAUGCUCAGAAGGAUACUCAUGGCGUACGCGUUCUUCGAUCCGGAAGUGGGCUACGUGCAAGGGCUAAACUUCGUGGUCGCCAACCUGCUGUGGCACUGCGUCGAGGAGCAAGCGUUCUGGGCGUUCAUCUCCCUCAUGUACAUGUACGACUGCAGGUGCAUGUAUCUGCAGGGGCUACCGGGGGUGUUCAGGCGAUGUGAUGUCAUCGAAAAAUGUAUGGAAACUCACGUCCCGAAGCUCAUAGAACACCUGCGGAAAAUAGGGGUCCACAUACCCAUGAUCGCAUCCGACUGGCUCAUGACGCUGUGCGCAAACUCCAUUCCCAUCAGACCACUGGGGCGACUGUGGGACUUCUUCUUUGCGGAGGGGUGGAUUGCAAUUUUCAGAUUCGUGCUGUUCAGACUGAAGCAGCUCGAGCCGUACCUGCUCACUAUGCACGAUGUUGCUGACGUCAUGAAGGUAAUCAAGUACGGACACGCCAACCAAGCGGAGGCCUGGAGCUUCAUAGAGCUCAUACCAGGGUUCGGACCGACCAUGGAGAACAAGGGCAUGAAACUGGUCAAGAGCGCAUACUACUCCAACUGCGAAAACCUCACCAACGAUCCCAACAAAAAUUGCAACAAUCAGGAUUGGAUGGAAAUUGUGGUGGGUUCGUUUAAGUUUAACCUCACGGCGGAUGUUAUCGACAAGCUGGAGCAGCAGACGACGGACGAAUUGUACUUCGAGUGCGCAAAUUCGCACAAGCUGUUCCCCAACGAAGAAGCGGACUGCAAGAGUGACGGGAUGGUCUCGCGUGCCAGCUCGGAUAACGACGUCCGCGAAAACGUGCUGGAGAGGGACUCGCAAUCGACGGAAGAAAACUCGCAUCUGCCGCCUAAUAUCGCAACCGAUAAGUCCCCGUACGAAAUACUACGUAUGCACGGACUUGAAGAUAUCGCAACAAAACUCGAGCAGCUCGCGGACGCCUUCCAAAAACAGCUGGCAGACAUCGGUGUCUCCAAUGCGUACGCGUUGCACCUCAAGGCCUUAAGAGACGAGUGA